AUGGGUAAAAAGUCGGCAAAAGAUAAGUCUCCAAAAGUCGAAGACACACACGUCACUUCAGAUCCAAAAAAUUAUGUUGCGUGUGGCGUACUGGAGUAUGAUUUCCCUGGUAUGUGCAAGCAAAACGACAUCAAACAUUGUCCUAUUGUAAGGGCUAGACAGCCCCUGAUCUCAAGUCAACAGACAAUUACGUCGCAGCCCUCGUCGAAACGUUCGAAGGAUGACAAAAAGAGUGCUCAUUCACAACAGUCGACAACACCUAAAUCGUCUAAUGAUAUUCAAACGCCGCUAGGAUUUAAUCCAACAACUUUUAAACUGUGCAAAACAUUAGAAUAUUUUCAACCGAAAAUAACUGUUCAACAAGAGAAUAACGAUAAACCGGAUACGGUAAAUGAAGUUUACAUUAAAGGUUGGAAAAUUAGUAACUGUCAAUGGGAUAUAUUAAUCAACUGUUUUUCAAUGACGAAUAAACUCUCUAAAUUAGUAUUUUGGAGAGUUGGAUUCACAACUGAACAGAUUACUCAAUUAGCCUCCUUUUUGUCAACCAACAACACAAUUAAAUCACUAACCAUAGAUGCUAAUGAAGCACUCAAAAGUGGAGCAUAUGCUCAGCUUAUAGAUGAAACUAACAACAUAACAAAACUUCAAUUAAGAUAUUGCGAAAUUGGACCAAUGGAAGGGAAGUCAAUUAGUCAACGAUUAGGAACAAUUCAAUCUGUUAAUAAAAAACUAAUCAGUCUUGAUCUAUCUGGUAAUCGACUCGGUAAUGAAGGUGCCGUUUACAUAGCUGAAGCUUUGAGAACAAAUCGAACUCUGCUAACAUUAUCAUUGAGUAAUAAUAAGAUUGGAGAUAUUGGGUGUAUUGCAUUAGCAAAGGUUAUAUCUCAGUUUUUUUUAACUCAUGAAGAGAUUGUCUACCGAAGAUUGUGUUAUUCAGAGAAGGCCAAGUCUGAAUCAUUACCGCCAACUUAUAGUCCACAUGGACAUCGUAAAUCUAAAGUUUCGCCUGGUACACGAGACACUUCAAAAGAUAAUAAUCAAGGCGGUACUGGUGCUAAGAAACGGGAAAAAUCUGUCCGAGGUCGUAACCCUAAGGAGAUUGAUGGUGGUAAAGAAGAGAAAAAUACUGCUAAAGGAAAAAAAGGUGAUAGUACUAAUUCCCCAAAAAGAGUUAAUCAAGAGCAAAACAGAACUAGUGGAAAGAACAAGACUACACGAGUUAUUCGUAGUGGAAAACAGACAUGUGAUACGGAUAGACCAGAAUCAAGUCCAGAAAUGAGCGAACUAAUAAAUCCAUUGCUGGAUAAAGCCACAUAUAUUGAACCAUAUGGAUUACAGAUUGUGGGCAAUUUUACUUUGGCUUUCUUAAAUUUGUCACGUAACUUAAUUGGAUUGAACGGUUUUAAAGCUUUGCAAGAAGCAGUAACAUACCAAGUGAAUAUGCUAAAUGGUGAAUAUGCAUCAUCAAACCUUGGUACAGGGUUAUUAAAACUAUUGAUUGACAAUAAUGCACUUAGUCAGGACUGUGAGAUGAUAUCAUCUAUUAAUGAAAUGCUGGCGCCACGUGAUCCUUCAUUGAAAGGCUUGAAUAAUGAUAAAGUCAUAGAACCAGAAUUAUCUAAUUCCAAUAUUACAAUAAAUUCAUAA